GCUUCCUUGCAUGGAAAGACUAAACUAUAAAUAAAAGGGCAGAGAGACACACAAAUUGUGUAAAUCAGAAAUGUUGAAGGAAGGUAUGCUACUCGUUUUCUUAGCGAUUACGCAAUUCUCAAACGCUGAUGAACCCUUCGACGUUCGGAAACACCUUGCCACUGUAACCAGGUAUGCUGAUUCGAAGGACAUAUCCGGGAAUUCUUUCGUAUCUUCUGAAAUUCCAGAUCAAUGUACACCAAUUCAUUUGAAUCUAGUGGCAAGACAUGGCACUCGUGCACCAACAAAGAAGAAGAUAAGGGAAUUAGAAGCCUUGGAUGCUGAUUUGGAAGUCCUUGUACGUGAUGCAAAAGAGCAUAAGCAAUCUUUGGAGAAAAUUCCCGCUUGGUUAGCGGGAUGGAGGUCUCCUUGGAAAGGAAAAGUUACAGGUGGAGAGUUGAUCGCUGAAGGAGAAGACGAAUUAUAUCAUCUCGGAAUUAGAGUCAGAGAAAGAUUUCCAGACCUUUUCAAUGAAGAAUACCACCCAGAUGUAUAUUCAAUCAAGACUACCCAGGUUCCUCGGGCAUCAGCUAGUGCUGUGGCAUUUGCGAUGGGUCUAUUUAAUGAAAGAGGGAAGCUUGGACCAGGAAGGCAUCGAGCUUUUGCAGUUACCAGCGAAAGCCGUGCAAGUGACAUAAUUUUGAGAUUUCAUGAUUGUUGUCAAAGCUACAAGGCUUUUAGAAAAAGUCAGGAGCCAAAUGUGGACAAGCUCAAAGAACCUCUAUUGAAUGAAAUUACUCGUGAAUUAGUCGGGCAAUAUGGGCUUAAUUUUACAAAUCAAGAUGUAUCUUCUUUAUGGUUCCUCUGCAAACAGGAAGCAUCCUUGUUGAACAUCACCAAUCAAGCUUGUAGUCUGUUCAGUCCAUCUGAGGUUUCUUUGUUGGAGUGGGCUGAUGAUUUGGAGUUGUUCAUUCUGAAAGGCUAUGGUGACACACUAAAUUAUCAAAUGGGAGUGCCACUGCUUGAGGAUGUUGUUCAAUCAAUGGAACAGGCAAUUAAGGCUAAAGAAGAAGGAUAUGCUCCAGGGAUCUAUGAAAAAGCAAGAAUGCGUUUUGCUCAUGCAGAAACUCUCCUUCCCUUUUCAUGCCUAAUCGGGCUCUUUCUUGAAGAAUCUGAGUUUGAACUGAUACAAAGAGAGGAAAGCUUGGAACUCCCUCCUAAGCCUCCUAAAAAUAGAAACUGGCGGGGAAGUAUUGUGGCUCCUUUUGCUGGAAAUAACAUGUUAAUCCUUUACAGCUGCCAAUUGGACAACUCAAGCAAGUACUUUGUGCAAGUGCUACAUAACGAACGUCCCAUUGCAUUGCCAGUAAGUGUUUUCUGCAUUCAUAUUAUGGUGAAUAUGCAUAUGUUUGGUCCUUGCAUUGCAAUUCAUUUUCUCUGA